AUAUACAUAAACGAGCACCAGAGCGUACCUACAUUUAUCUUAUUACGUCAGACUACACAUAUACUUAAUCUUUGUGGCUGCCGUUCACAUAUAAACUCCAUACAUCUAAGAUUUCUAGGGCAUUGUGACAACAUGAAAUGCCCAGUGAUGUAAGAAUGUUAUCUGGGGGCACGCACUAAAAGGGUACUUAGUAGGUAAGGCACUACCUGCCUAAGGCACCUAACUAGAUACGGUAUAAGCACUGUAUGACCUAGGAACCUAUCGUAAUGGAUACCUCUCCUAAAGUUUCCCCCUUGCCCUUCAUCAGGAGGGAACCAGGAACGCCCCACACCCAAUUUACCCUUUUCUCUCUAGGAUCUUCAACAAUUCGGGCUUCUAGGGUGCCGAGAAAUCGGCCAUCGCUCAAGCUCCCGUACCCAGCAUACUGCCAGGCGGUGAAGGGUUCCAAACUGCAACCUGCUUAACCCAGACGCUAGCCCUUCCACGUUCGUUUAAGGUUCAAGUCGGCAACCAAACAUCGAAACAGACAAAAUCGCCAAUACACCAUGCCCGAGACUGUAACGCAGCCCCUGCUCGGCAGGGUCCUCGUCAUCGGCGGUUGUGGUUUUCUCGGCCACCACGUCGUGAACCUGCUCCUGCGCGACUGGACCAGUACCGUUUCUGUCGUCGACCUCAAGUGCCAGCGCAACCGGAGGCCAGACUCCGACGGCGUCGAGUAUGUCGAGGCCGACAUCACCGAUACCGACGGCCUUCUCAAGGUCUUCGGGAAGCUGAAGCCCGACGUCGUCAUCCACACGGCCUCGCCGCCCGCCCAGGGUCUCGGCGCCGUCGCCAACGAUGUGUUCAAGAAGGUCAAUGUGGACGGUACUCGCGCAGUGAUCUCUGCUUGCCAGCAGACUGGCGUGAAAGUGUUGGUAUACACGAGCUCCGCUAGUGUCAUGAGCAACAACAAGGACGACUUGAUAAACGCAAACGAGGAGUAUCCUGUGAUUAGGGGCAAAUUGCAAACCGAGUACUAUUCUGAGACAAAGGCGCAAGCCGAGCAGCUCGUUCUAGAAGCAAACCGCGCCAAUGGGUCCGAAUUCCUGACUGCAGCCAUCCGACCAUCAGGUAUCUUUGGCGAGGGCGACAUGCAAUUAGUCUAUCACGCUGUGAACAUUUUCCGCGAGGGUAAGGAUAGGGUACAAGUCGGCGAAAACGAUAAUUUAUUCGACUUCACGUACGUCGAGAACGUAGCCCACGCUCACCUGCUAGCUGCCCGCGCCCUACUAGUAACUCACGCGUCGACCACCGAACCACUCGACUACGAGAAAGUGGAUGGAGAAGCCUUCAUAAUCACGAACGACAGCCCAGUCUACUUUUGGGAUCUGAUGCGUGCCAUAUGGCGAGAGGCCGGAUCGCAGAAGGGGACAGAUCACGUGUGGGUUAUGAGCCGGGAUACAGGCCUCCUCCUUGGAUUUCUGAGCGAGGUUUUCUUCGGGAUAAUUAGGAAGACACCGACCUUCAACCGCCAGCGGAUUGUCUUUGCCUCUAUGACGAGAUACUACGAUAUCACGAAGGCGAAGCGUCGUCUUGGCUACCGCCCUUUAGUGAGCCUCAGCGACGGUGUAAAGAAGACGGUGAGGUGGACUCUGGCUCAAGAGAAGAAUAAGAAGUCGUAAAGGGGGCUUACGAUUUAUUAUGUAAUGUGUAUAAGUAAGAGACGCAAGGCUUCAUGAUACAUGUAAUAUCAAAUUUCUACAGCGAAGUAAUUAAUAUCUAAAUUGCUGUGGUUUUGGGUCUAGGGCAAAUAAUAUAGUAAUUGGAUUAAUUAGACCCGUCAAAGGUACAGGUUCAUCCA